AUGCAGAAUAGGAGCAAAAAGAAUGGAAUGGAAGGAGUGAAUGCACCCGUGAACUCUAGCGAGCAAAAUGGGGUUAAAAAGGCCAAAGAGGAAAAAAAGAAACAAGAAAAAAAAGAUGAUGCAUCUACAUCUAUGGUGGACACAUCAAACCUAGUAGAGCAUGAUUCUUCAAAGGCCAAAGGGGAAAAAAAGAAAAAGGAAAAGAAAGAUGAAGCAUCUGCAUCUACGGUGGACAAGUCAAAUGUACCAAAGUUUACUAAUGAUGGAGAUGAUUCUUCAAAGGCCAAAGGGGAAAAGAAGAAAAAAGAAAAGAAAGAUGAAGGAUCUACUUCAAUGGUGGACAAAUCAAAUGUACCGAAGAUUGUUGAUGAUGGAGAUGAUUCUUCAAAGGCCAAAGGGGGAAAAAAGAAAAAAGAAAAGAAAGAUGAAGGAUCUACAUCUGUGGUGGACAAAUCAAACGUACCGGAGCUUACCGAUGAUAGAGAUAAUUCUUCACAUCUUCAAGGAAACCCUUCAUAUCCUCCACAAGGGUACUAUGCUUGUCCCCCACAAGGGUAUUAUCCUUCAUCAUAUUAUCCUUCAGCUGGUAAUUAUCCACCCUAUGAUCCUCCACAGGGGAGCUACCCAUACUAUCCUCCGAUGAACAAUUCAGAUGAAGGGUGCUCCAUAGUGUGA